CUGGUCUUGUAAAAAAUCCAAAUCGUUAAACAUAGCAGAGAUACCCUAGCUUAGACACACAACCCCAAAUCUCCAUUUGCAUCUCUUCUCUGCUCGUUCCUCCGCUGCUUCUGCUCUCGCUGCCCCGCCGCUUCCAGUCUCAUUCUGCUCUUCUGCUUCCGCCUCUCCGGUUUGCCAGCUCACUUUUUCUCGCUGCAAGAAGAAAAUCAUGGCAAUGAACCAUGUUAGGUUAGUUAGUCGAAAUCUUAUUACCAAAGAAUCAAUUGGAGUUUCAUUCCAAAGGACAUUUGCCACUGGUAAAGCGAAAAAAGGAUCAAAAGGGGGUGCUGCGGAUGCGCCCAAAGCAUCAUCUCUCAGCAAGGAAGUCAAGGCAAGUACGGUUGUAGGCGCCAACAUUCUCAAGGAAGGCGCCGAUCCGAAAAUCCAGCCUGAUUCUGAAUACCCUGAUUGGUUAUGGCAUUUGCUUGAUAAACGCCCGGCACUAAGUGAACUGCGUAGGAAGGACAUUAAUAAACUGCCUUACGAAGAUCUUAAGCGCUUUGUUAAGCUGGAUAACCGAGCAAGGAUCAAGGAGAAUAACUCUCUCAAGUCCAAGAACUGAUUCAAUGGUACAUAGCAGAAAGUUGUGAGAAUGACAGAUCAGAGUUAUAUCCUUUUUCUUUUUUGUAGUGUUGUGGUUCCAGUCUUCUGGGAUUCCUUGGAGCAAUUGAAAUGAAUUACAUAUGCUUAAGAGUUGCAUGAUGUAGCAAUCUCGAUUGGUUAUACUUUUUGCUUUCCCCUGUGAUCUUUUAGCAGAUUAGACCCGAUGAACUUUGUUUGUUGUAUUGGACUGAGGUAUGUCAAUAAAAUCUUUUUUGGUAGCUUUGUGUAGACCAAUUAGAUA